CGUCCUCUUUACUGUCAUGUCUUCUCCCUCUCGGGCCCUUGCCGCAGAGCAAAGCUCUCGCUUGAACGUGUACAACAAAAGGCCUCGUUCAGAUUCGGAAGAUACCAGUGACAGAGAGGACGCGUGCCGAGACGCGAAACGCGCGAUGGGCGUUCCUCAGGAGAAGCUCGAAGCACGCGAGAAAGAAAAGAAGAAGAAACGGUCGAAGAAACGAAAGCACAGGAAGGUCUCCAUCACACAGCCACCUCCAGGCGACGAAAGCGCUGGCCGCUCGCAAGCACCACCCCACAUACCACAGCAAGAACAACCCAGCUCUAACAUACCCACAUCGGUCGGCAUCAUGGCAGAGGAGACUCGAGAUCUACUGCAAAAGCUGCCAGUCAUUAUUGAAAGACCAUGCGGAAGCACAAGUCGCUCGCGACAGUCGUCUGCUGGGCCUUCUUCAGUAAUGGCUAGGACCGGAAAUCUACUACCAUCAGAAGCCACACCUAUGAUGCCACCCAUCCUCGACAAGGGAAAAGGAAAGGCUCUCCCCGAGCCAGAGUCGAAAAUUGGGCAGCCUGCAGCAUCGUCUGAUGCCUCCGAGGUUGUUAUCCUGACCACGCAACUCGCCGCACAUGAAGAGAUCCUCAAUAAACACACAACCCUGCUCUCUGUAUUGCAACAGUCUCUAAUCUGUCAAAUAUGCCUGGAUCCGAUGCAUCGGCCUUAUGCGCUUGCUCCGUGCGGGCAUGUUGCAUGUCACUCAUGUCUUGUUGCCUGGUUCAAAGCAGCUCCCCCGAACGCUCCUCCCGAGGAAGUGCCUUCUCCACUCCGUCGUAGGAAGACCUGUCCUCAUUGUCGCGCCCUCAUCAUUGAGCGUCCGGUCGAGGUAUGGGCAGUCAAGGAGAUGGUGAGCGCCCUCUUCAAAAGCGGGCUCUCUGACCCUCCCUUGAACCCACCGGCGCCUGCUGACGACGCAUCAAACGCAAAUGUGGAUCCCUGGGAAGGGAUUUUCCGCAAGCCGCCCGCACCUCCGCGUGUGCAUGGGGGCAACCACCCGCUGUUCUUCCCGGACCCACCGCCCCCGGCGGUGCUUCAUCAGGUGCUGGGAAUCUACGAUGACGAGGACGGUGGGGUGUACCGGUGCGUGGAUUGCUUGCACGAGAUCUGGGAUGGAGUCUGCUCGGAGUGCGGGCGGGAGUAUCCCGGGCAGGGACCUGCUCCCUUCGAAGAAUCGGAUUAUGAGGAGGAGCCCUGGCGUGUCGGUAUGGACGAAGCGGAGGGCGACGUGGACGAUUAUAGUAGUUCUGACGAGGACUACCUCGGAAUGCACCCGUUCGCUGACGUGUUGUGGAAUGCUUUGGGCAUGGGUGAGCAUGGGAACGACACUGAGGACGAUGAGGAAGACGAUGAAGAAGAUCGGAUCCGCGAGAUAGACUCCGAGGACGGGCAUGUGGGCGAAGAUGAAGAUGCGUACGAGAGCAGCUUUAUCGACGACGGAGAUGAUGAGGGCGCGAGGCGGUCAGCGUCUGUACAGUGGAUCCCUCCGCUGCCCGAUGUAGAUGAUGCCGGUGACGCUGACGACAGCGACGACGAGUCUGCUGUCGGACCUUUGCCGAGAAGCAUGCGAGGCCGGGCUGUGGGUCCUGUAGUCGUCUCUUCCGAGGACGAAGACGAUGACGAGGAUGAGAACGACUCGAUUGUUGGGGGCAUCUGCGCACGCCUGCGGCAUCAUCCACGCAUCCUCUCGGAUGACGAAGAGGAAGAGGAAGAUUAUUCUGGAGACGAUAGUAUCGGAUUAGCAGCCGAGGUCGCGGCUCGUGAACGGAACUUGUACGGCGAUGAUGGUUCCACUUCGCGCGGAAGCUUCCACUGGCGUCGGCCGGCUGGUGAUGAUGUCUAUGUCUACGAUGAUCAUCAUCAAGACGAGUCGGCAAUCGAGUGGUCAGACGACGGCGACGUGGGCUAUAGAGACGACACGGAUGGCGCAAGCGUGUAUUCGUCCCCGAAUUCUUACUCCGAGGAUGACGGAGGGUUUGACGAUGGUGGCUGGGACAGCGAAUUCUAUGAUUAAGAGUGCAACUGUAUGUUAAGCGU